CAGUCACCCCUCACCUCGUCCCGUUGCUCGACAAGGGCAGAAAACCCAAACCAAAACAACAGCGAGCCGGUGCAUGCCCCAGACAACUCCAGAUUAAAACCACCCAAGCAAGGCCUGUGAUCCAAGGACGACACCACCGCCCACCACCACGAGCGUCCACCACGCGAGACAUCACCGCAACCCGCAAACCAAGUCGUUCCUUUCUUGUUUAAACCCUCACUUUCCUUUUCUCGCCAAACCCACCCCUUGUUGUUCUGCUUCAGUCCCGUUGUUGGCUAGAGGGGCCUCAACCAUGGAGUCGGGAUCGGACAUCACGACGGUGUUGACCAAUUCGCUGUCGCCAGACGCGAACUUGCGAAACGCCGCCGAACAGCAACUUACCCAGGCAGCCGAGACAAACUUCUCAUUAUACCUUGCCACCCUGGUCCAGGUGCUUGCGAACGAAGAGGCACCGGGCCACAUCCGAGCGGCGGCCGGUAUUGCCGUGAAAAACGCAUUUACUGCCCGCGAGUUUUCCCGCCAGGCGGCCCUGCAGGCGAAAUGGCUCCAGGAGACGGACGAGGAGACCAAGGGCAGGGUCAAGAGCUUGACGCUGCAGACCCUGGCCUCCUCCAACGCCCAGGCCGGUCAGGCUGCAGCCCAGGUCAUCUCGUCGAUUGCCGGGAUCGAGCUGCCCCGCGGCCAGUGGACGGACUUGAUGAACGUGUUGGUCAGCAACGUUAGCGACGGCCAGCCGCAUCAGAAGCAGGCCUCGCUCACCACCAUCGGUUUCAUCUGUGAGAGCCAGGACCCGGAGCUCCGGGCCGCCCUGGUGACCCAUUCCAACGCCAUUCUCACGGCCGUUGUGCAGGGCGCGAGGAAGGAGGAGACCAACACGGAGAUCCGCCUGGCCGCCAUCACGGCCCUCGGUGACUCGCUCGAGUUUGUCGGCAACAACUUCAAGCACGAGGGCGAGAGGAACUACAUCAUGCAGGUCGUCUGCGAGGCCACCCAGGCCGACGACACACGCGUGCAGCAGGGCGCAUUUGGCUGCCUCAACCGCAUAAUGGCCCUUUACUACGAAAACAUGCGCUUCUACAUGGAGAAGGCCCUCUUUGGCCUUACCAUCCUCGGGAUGAAAAACGAAGAUGAGGACGUGGCCAAGCUCGCCGUCGAGUUCUGGAGCACCGUUUGCGAGGAGGAGAUUGCUAUCGAGGACGAGAACGCCCAGGUCGAGAGCUCGGAUCAGAUGAGGCCCUUCUACAACUUCAGCCGCGUGGCCACCAACGAGGUCGUCCCCGUCCUGCUGACCCUAUUGACCAAGCAGGACGAGGACGCUGCCGACGACGAGUACAACGUCUCGCGUGCCGGAUACCAGUGUCUUCAGCUGUACGCACAGGCCGUUGGUGCUACCAUCAUCCCGCCUGUCAUCCAGUUCGUCGAGGCAAACCUGCGCGCUGAGGACUGGCACCAUCGUGACGCUGCCGUCUCCGCCUUUGGAGCCAUUAUGGAGGGCCCCGAGGAGAAGGUGCUGGAGCCUAUUGUCAAGUCCGCUCUCCAGAUACUCAUCUCCAUGAUGGACGAUUCUUCGCUGCACGUCAAGGAUUCGACAGCCUAUGCUCUGGGCCGUAUCACCGAGGCCUGCUCUGAAGCUAUCGACCCUGCCCAGCAUCUUGAGCCCCUUAUCCGCUCUCUGUUCGCCGGCCUGCUGAACAAUCCCAAGAUGGCUGCCUCGUGCUGCUGGGCCCUGAUGAACCUGGCCGAGCGAUUUGCCGGUGAGCCCGAGGCCCCGCAGAACGCCAUCACGCCUUACUUUAACGAGAGUGUCACCAGCCUUCUGGGCGUGACGGAGAGGCAAGACUGCGACUCGUCCGUCCGAACGGCGGCUUACGAGGUGCUCAACGCCUUUGUGGUCAACGCGGCUGGCGAGAGCCUCCAGGCCGUCGCCGCGCUCUCGGACGUCAUCCUCAAGCGUUUCGAGGGUACCAUCCCGCUGCAGAGCCAGGUUGUCAGCGUCGAGGAUCGCAUCACCCUCGAGGACAUGCAGACGAGCCUCGCCACGGUUCUCCAGGGCAUCAUCAGCCGCCUGGACAAGGAGAUCCUGCCCCAGGGUGACCGCAUCAUGCAGGUUCUACUGCAGAUCCUGUCGACGGUCAACGGCAGGUCGACCGUUCCCGAGGCUAUCUUCGCCACCAUCAGCAGCCUCGCCAACGCCAUCGAGGACGAGUUUGUCAAGUACAUGGACGCAUUCGCGCCUUUCCUGUACAACGCCCUUGGAAACCAGGAGGAACCCAGUCUCUGCUCGAUGGCUAUCGGCCUUGUCAGCGAUAUCACUCGAUCCAUGGGCGAGCGGAGCCAGCCGUACUGCGACAACUUCAUGAACUAUCUGCUGAACAACCUCAGGAGCUCCACGUUGUCCAACCAGUUCAAGCCCGCAAUCCUUCAGUGCUUUGGCGACAUUGCGAACGCAAUCGGCGGUCACUUCGAGACGUACUUGUCUGUGGUGGCACAAGUGCUGCAGCAGGCGUCAACCAUCACCACUGUGCCCGAGGGCUCGUACGAGAUGUUUGACUACGUCAUCUCACUGAGGGAGGGCAUUAUGGAUGCCUGGGGUGGCAUCAUUGGCGCUAUGAAGGGCUCCGGAAAGACCCAAACAUUGCAGCCCUACGUCGAGUCCAUAUUCGAGCUGCUCAAGAACAUCGGCAGCGAUUCCAACCGCAGCGAAGCCCUGAUGCGCGCGUCAAUGGGUGUGAUUGGCGAUCUUGCCGAGGCCUACCCCAACGGUGAACUCGUCGAUGGUUUCAGGCAAGACUGGCUCACGACCCUCAUCAAGGAGACUCGCUCGAACCGCGAGUUCACUCCUCGGACAGUGGAGACGGCCCGUUGGGCUCGCGAGCAGGUCAAGCGCCAGAUCGGCGGGUCUGUCUCCGUCAUGCAGCAGACCUGAGAGCGUCGUGGAAAAGUUGGUCCGUGUCGAGAGGCACCUGUUAUCAGUAGGACGCCUGCCGGAUCUUCUAGACUUCCCACAUGCCCCUUGGGUCCAGUUGGGCUAGCAUCCCCAACGCAGCGCCCCGUCCCGGCUGCCCCUGCCUUGAAACCCCGAAGCCGGUCCCCCCCCUUGCCCUUGCCCCCUUCAAAGAGGCCGCAUACCACCACCGUCACCCAGCCUUAGCGACCCCAGGUAUCACGCCUCUAGGCCGCCCGCCGCCCAGGGUACCGCAUGGCUGCUGCGAUGUGCUUGGUUGGUGAUUAUGGCCUUGGAAGACAACAUUUGGUUUCACAUACCCGUCACAAUACCCCAUCUUGUGCCCAUGAUGUACAUAACUAGACCCAUCUUCACGACACUAGUAAUCUGAGAAUCCCCAAAUCCUGACACUACACUGGCCUGCACUGCAUUUUACACCUCGAUACUGUCGCGCUUUAUACCGCCUGGGCUUGUGUGCCUGCCAUCCCUCUUAACCCCGGGCCCUAUUAUCUCAUCCGCGAGAGCCAGGAUGACUUUUGGAGACUUGCAGCGCACAUACAUGUUGACAAUGGCCGGGGCAGCCAAGACGGAAGGUAUCAUGCCGCCCUCCCUUAUUCCUGCACCGUUGACAAGAGAGAUGACCACACCGUCCAGCACUGGUUGACGAGCCUCUUCCGAAUCUCAGGAAUCAAACCGGCGUGGGCCCAACGCGAAUCGUCUGUGAGAGAUAACAAUCACACAGUUUUCUGCCUAUACCUCGCUAAAUCCCUCUUGUAAUUUUUUUGGUGUUUUUGUUUGCUCCUACCCCCCCCCCC